GCUGCCAUCUACCACUUGCAAUUGUUUGAGGAGCUCCGCCGUCUGGCGCCCUUUACCAGCGACCCCACAGAAGCCGCCGCCGUGGGCGCCGUGGAGGCGUCAUUCAAGUGCUGCAGUGGGGCCAUAAUCAUCCUCACCAAGUCUGGCAGGUCUGCUCACCAGGUAGCCAGGUACCGCCCCCGGGCCCCCAUCAUUGCUGUGACUCGGAACCCCCAGACUGCCCGUCAGGCCCACCU